AUGGCGGCCCGGACUCCGUCGCGGCGCUCAGGCCACUCGGCACAAUUUGACCCGCAGUCGGGCGUCAUGGUCGUUCUCGGUGGCUACCGCCCGCCGCGGGUCCGCUUCACCGACCUCCAUUGUCUCUCGGUCCACACCGUCGAGUGGGAGGUGGCAGCCGGCGCAGACAAGCCGCGCUCACCGGAAGCAUCCUCGCCAGGCUCCUCCGCUCCGCCCCCCACCACAGGAGCGCCUGUGGCUGGAGGACAUGGCUUCAACAACAUGCUCCCGGACCUCCUCGCCCACAUCCUUAACGCCGGCGCCGCGGGCCUGGCCGCCAACAACGAGCUGCAGACCGCUCUCAGCGAAGCUGCAGCGGCAUCGGCCGAGGCCGAGGCUGGUCGCGAUGCCCGGCCGGUGCGCUACUGGAUGGAAGAUGAGAGCGACGACCCUGCGCCAUCGUCACUCAUCUCGCACACCUCGGUGCUGGACGGCGCCAUCUUGCUCUCGUUUGGUGGCUCGGACGUCGACUUUGGCCUGUCGUCGUCGGCAGCCUUUCAUGCCGUUUCGCUGGCGGCCAUGCUCCGGCCAGACUCGAGCCACGACCGCAUGAUGUGGCGCUCGGUGGCACUGACGCCACUGGUGCCCAUCGAAGCCGAUCCGCCGUACCCCGGGCUUGACGGCGUCGCCCGCGAGCCGCUGGCGCCCGAGCCGAGCUACGGCUCGACCUUGGUCCUUCGCCCGGACACUCUCGAGUUGUAUUUGUUUGGCGGAACUUCGGGCCGCAACUUUUUCUCCAACCUCUACUGCCUCGACGCCGCGGCGUCGACCAUUCAGAUGCUGGUUCCACCGUACCGCGGCGCCGACCCGUUGGCCGCCAUGGCUGCAGGCCAGCCGGUUCCACCCUGUGCACCACACGGCCGUUAUCGUGCUGCAGCCAUUGCCACCCACACUCACAUGUGGAUUGUCGGCGGUGGUGCCGUCUCACCUCUCGUCUUUCUCCGCCUCUCCGACAUUGACAUGCCGCCAUCCUUCCGUCGACGCUUUGGGUGGAGCAUCGACGAGGACGACAUCAUGGAGACGUUCUUCCAAGUUCCGACGUCCGUCCCGGUCGCCAUCUCUAUGUACACGUACGAGUUUGCCACCCGUGAGUGGCGGCGCAUCGUCCCCCCGAGUCUGACCGGGCGAGGUCUGCCGACCGACGACGAGGUUGCCAGCCCGUCUAACCCGACGCGGCCGCAGCAGCCGAUGCCACGGCGGUGUCACUCGCUGUCGUACGAUUCAGUCCGCAACGUCGGAUACAUGUAUGGUGGCACUACCGGCUCCGUCGUUCUCGACGACCUGUGGCAGCUGGAUCUGGCGACCGGCGCUUGGUCCUGUCUCAUUGCGCCUUCAACGCUGCCCGAACCCGAGCCGGCCGCCGACGGCGAGCCCGGCGUCGCAGCCCUUGUUCUCGACGAUGACCUCGACGACGGUUUGGGCGAAUACGACUAUGAGUACGGCACAGAUGACGAUGAGAGCGACGACGCCGGCUCGGAUGAGUACGACGAGUACUCCGAGUCGGCCGGCUCGUUUGAAGGUGACGAAAGUGUUCUCAACAACGUCCAGGGCUUGCUCGAUGCCGUGGCUCCGGGAGGCUUUGGUCCGAUGACGCCCCCCGGCUCUGGUCAAGGCGCUGCCGCCUCGUUUACAGCUGGUGCUGUCGACGCUGCCUAUGACGCUGCCUCUCCCGGCCCUGCGCCCACCCUUGACGACGCGAGCCGCGCUCGGAUCCACGGCGCCAUCCACAUCCCCACCGGCCCCGGUCUCCCGCCGCCGACCUACUUUCACUCGUCGGUUUACGAUUCGUAUACUCAGCGGCUGGUUCUGUUUGGUGGCUGCCUUGACAACGAUGGCAACAAUCAGUCGUCGCUCCGCCGGACCAACAAGGUCUCGGUCGUCCAGAUUGGGGUGCCGUCGCUCGAAGCGCUGGCGACCACCGCCGUCGCUUGCGCUGCCCAGGACCUGAGACUCACCCGCGACUCGCUAGCCGGAGUUCUCCCGUCGCGGAUCCUUGACCGGAUAUUUGCCCUUGCCCCGCCUCUGGGUGCGGUCCAGCCUGCCAUAGACGAUAGCGCCAGGCACGAGGCGGCGUCGACCGCCGGCCAGCCCCCCGGCGAGACAGCUGGCGCGGCCACACUGCACUCAUGA